AUGUCGGAAUCAGAUGAAUCUAUCAUAGAGCUCAUUGGCAUCAUCAGACCAAUGGCGGCCAAUGCCGACGGCCAGAAAACAAUUGCAGGCAUCUUUGCGCAGGAAAAGGUGGCUCAGGAGACGAUCAAAAUGAUGUCUGUGUUGGGUCUGAUCGACGAGGAGGCCUUGGCCAGCGCAUUGACAAAAAUGGUACCUGAGGGUACAAAACAGCAAGCCCCUGCUGGACCCUCGCAUUCGAAUGGUCCUCAAGGAUUUCCUCCAGCGUCCGCGUUGCCGCAGACUAUGGCGCCUCUGCCUGGAAUGGGUGUGGGUAUACCUGGACAGACAUUGGUAACUGCUGCACUGUCCAUGUCUCAACAAGAAGUAGAUAUGUUACCUCCUCAACAGCGGGCCAUUUUCAUGCAAUUGGAAGAUGAAGAAGCUUGCAUUCACUCUACCUCAAAACGAUCUAUUGUCGGAAAGCGCUCCCUCACUUGGCCACCUCACAAAUGCACGAGUUUGGUGCAAGACUGCAUAGCACGUCCGGGGUAA